UAGGCGAAGUAUCGCAUCUCUCCACCUCCAGUUUCUCUCGCUGAAGUGAAGUUGACCGGGGUGAGAAUAUGUAAGAAUGUUAAUGACACCGUGCUUCUAAAUUUGGUAAACACAAGUCAUUACUUUCGCAUGUUAUCGGAUGAAGGGCAGAGGGAAAGCAGCCGCCUCCGAACUCUGAUUGCAGGUUGGCCGCGCUUCUUCCGCUCCCUUUACUGCUGGAGAGAUGGUGUAAGGUCGCAGCGAGCUGCUGCCCGCCGGAGCGGAGCGUAGCCCAGCCGAGGCGAAUCUCGGAUCGGCGGGCGGGCGGGCAUUUCUGCAACCCUCUCCCGAAUGUUCCACUUUGUUUCAUCGUUUGCUUUCUGGCAUCUUGGAGCUUGCUACAUUCAGUCGGAUCUCGUACAACUUGGCGACUUUCAAAUUAAACAACUUGAAUGAGACAACUCUGCUAAAAAAACAUUGAGACGGCUUAAGAGGAAAGAUAACAAAAUCCCAGCGCGAUGUAUCCUCAAGCUAGACAUCCAGCGCCUCACCAACCCGCACAGCCCUUUAAAUUUACCAUCUCCGAAUCGUGCGAUCGCAUCAAAGAAGAAUUUCAGUUCUUGCAGGCGCAGUAUCACAGUUUGAAAUUGGAAUGUGAAAAACUAGCCAGUGAAAAGACGGAAAUGCAGCGCCACUAUGUCAUGUAUUAUGAAAUGUCUUAUGGUCUGAAUAUAGAAAUGCACAAACAGGCUGAAAUUGUCAAGAGACUUAAUGCCAUUUGUGCUCAGGUCAUUCCUUUCUUGUCUCAGGAGCACCAACAGCAAGUGGUGCAGGCAGUGGAACGGGCCAAGCAAGUGACCAUGGCUGAGCUAAACGCCAUCAUCGGGGUACGUGGUCUUCAAAGUCUGCCCCUUACACACACAGAGAAGAGAAGGUUUCAAUGCUGGCUAUUGCAGCAGCAGCAACUGCAAGCUCAACAUUUAUCGCAUGGUCAUGCACUUCCAGUUCCCCUUACUCCGCACCCAUCUGGAUUGCAGCCUCCAGGAAUCCCGUCUGUUGGAAGCAGUGCUGGACUACUGGCAUUAUCAAAUGCUAUGAAGGAUGAGAAGAAACACCAUGAAACAGACCAUCAAAGAGACAGAGACUCAGUAAAGAGUUCCUCUGUAUCUCCAUCAGCCAGCUUCAGAGCUGCUGAGAAGCACAGAAGUUCAAAUGAUUACUCCUCAGAUAGUAAGAAGCAGAAGACAGAUGAUAAAGAUUUAGCAAAGCGUUAUGAUAGUGAUGGAGAGAAGAGCGAUGACAACUUGGUUGUUGAUGUUUCCAAUGAGGAUCCCACUUCACCAAGAGGUAGUCCACCUCACUCACCACGAGAAAAUGGUUUAGAUAAAUCUCGCCUCUUAAAAAAGGAUGCACCUAUAAGCCCAGCUUCCAUUGCUUCUUCUAGUAGUACUCCUUCUACAAAGUCCAAAGAAAUGAGUCUUAAUGAAAAAUCAACUACUCCUGUGCCAAAGUCCAACACUCCAACUCCACGAUCAGAUGCUUCAACUCCAGGAAGUAAUUCCACUCCAGGAUUGAGGCCCAUCUCUGGCAAACCACCAGGAAUUGAUCCAAUAGGCUUGAGGACUCCUAUGGCAGUUCCAUGCCCUUAUCCUACUCCGUUUGGAAUAGUGCCCCAUGCUGGUAUGAAUGGAGACCUAACGAGUCCGGGGACAUAUGCAGGAUUACAUAAUAUCUCCCCUCAGAUGAGUGCAGCAGCAGCAGCUGCAGCGGCGGCAGCUGCCUACAGCCGAUCUCCAGUGGUUGGAUUUGAUCCACAUCACAUACGUGUACCUGGCAUUCCACCAAACCUAAGUGGCAUUCCCGGAGGAAAACCUGCUUAUUCAUUUCAUGUAAGCGCUGAUGGACAGAUGCAACCUGUGCCUUUCCCUCCUGAUGCUCUGAUUGGACCAGGAAUUCCAAGGCAUGCACGGCAAAUGAAUUCUCUGAGCCAUGGUGAAGUCGUGUGUGCAGUGACGAUCAGUAAUCCUACGAGACACGUGUACACUGGUGGAAAGGGAUGUGUGAAGGUCUGGGAUAUUAGUCACCCUGGGAACAAGAGCCCAGUCUCUCAGCUGGAUUGCCUGAACAGAGACAAUUACAUCCGCUCAUGCAAGUUGCUUCCUGAUGGACGCACUCUCAUUGUUGGUGGUGAAGCAAGCACGUUAUCCAUUUGGGAUUUGGCAGCCCCAACUCCACGUAUAAAGGCAGAGUUGACAUCCUCUGCUCCUGCCUGCUAUGCUUUGGCUAUCAGCCCUGACUCCAAAGUCUGUUUCUCCUGCUGUAGUGAUGGAAAUAUCGCUGUUUGGGAUCUGCACAACCAGACACUCGUCAGGCAAUUCCAAGGUCAUACGGAUGGAGCCAGCUGUAUUGACAUUUCAAAUGACGGCACCAAACUUUGGACGGGAGGUUUAGACAACACUGUCAGGUCCUGGGACCUCAGAGAAGGAAGGCAGUUGCAGCAACAUGACUUCACGUCUCAGAUCUUUUCUUUGGGAUAUUGUCCUACUGGAGAGUGGCUUGCCGUUGGAAUGGAAAACAGCAAUGUAGAGGUUCUUCAUGUGACAAAACCAGACAAAUACCAAUUACACCUCCAUGAGAGCUGUGUGCUAUCCCUUAAAUUUGCUCAUUGUGGUAAGUGGUUUGUAAGCACUGGGAAGGAUAAUCUACUGAAUGCCUGGAGGACACCUUAUGGAGCGAGCAUAUUCCAGUCUAAGGAAUCCUCAUCGGUGCUGAGCUGCGACAUCUCAGUGGAUGAUAAAUACAUUAUCACUGGCUCUGGAGACAAGAAGGCUACAGUCUAUGAAGUUAUUUAUUAGGAGUGGAGCCUGAAUACAAAGAUACCUUUCACUAUAGCACUUUUGUUAGAUUUGCUCUUUAUGGCUGACUUUGCAAAACAAAGACUUCAACGUUCUUGUCAUUGUUUCUCAGCUCUGUGCUGUAUUUGAUCGUAAUUUCUGGACACUUCCGUCUGAUAUACAAAAAAGCCUCAAAAUGCAACUACGCUGAGCAGGGUGACAAGCCUCUUUUGCCGUUUAAUUGAAUGAAGGACCAGAAGGUUUCAACUAUUUAUUUUUGUUUUUCCAAGACUUUUUAUAAUCUUUGUUGAAAUUGGUUAAUUUCAUACAACCUCACUCAAGACUUUGGUGGUAACAGUUAUUCUGUUUGGAAUUGGGAUGGAGGGCAUAAGUUCAUUUCCACCUUGACUGAUAUUGUGUGUUUUAUUAUUAUUUCUUCAUUUUAUUACGGAAUUAUUGAGAUUUUUAAUAGGAGUAUCAAGUUACAGAGUAACAUUCUUAGAAUUCAUCCAAACUGAAGCUAGUUGAUACGCCGAGAGAAAAGUAAAAAGAAAAUACAAGACUGGCUAGGUACUGAAGUGACUGCGGUUGGUAUUGUUUUGGUAGAAGACAGAUUUAAUAAAACAAUACCACUUAAAAUCACUUUCUAAGUAUUGUACUAAAUAAGGCAGAAGGUGCCAGUAGAAAAUGGGAAACUCCACAAGCUGAGAAACGUGCUGAUUUGCUCAGGUGUUUUGCGUAAUAGAAAAACAACCAUUCAGAAAUGACUGAACUGCAAUUGUUUCCUAUUUGCUGAAAAGCAAAAAUUCUUGAGCAGUUAAGUUAGUUCCCCAGAUAGCUCCAUUAAAGAUACCUGAGAUUUAAUUUUGUAAUGGAACACACAACGAGAUUAAAUUAUUCAGAAUAAAGUUCCUAAAAUUAUCCAUUCUCUGUUGCAUCAGUCCCUCAUAUGUGCUCUCCCUUGUUGAAAGAGUUUCUACUGUCAAUUCAAUUUUUCAUCAUUUGGAUUCUUUAAUUAUUAUUUAGCUUUAUGCAUAUUCCUCUGCCCAAUCUCAUUCUAUCCCUAGUACCAGAUCUUUCUCUGCCUUCCUUUUUGUCCUUCUGUCACUUCUCAUUCAAAUACUCUGGAAAUGUUCACAUUUUUGCAUGGUUGUAACUUUUGAGUCCUUUUCAACCCUGAAGAGUACUAUCCAUUAUUUGACAUGAAUUCUCACUGUCACUCUCAACCCUUAUUCUGACUUCAUUGUUCCGAUUUCCACUUCAUAUCUCAUCAUUUCUACUCGUCAGUCUCAUUUACUGAAAGCAAAGUCAUCAAAGGUCAAUUAGUGAUGUAUGAAAAAUAGUUUUUAUCUGCUAACUCAAAAGUCUUAACAUUUUUGUAGAGUUGAGGAAAGGAGAAGGGAUAAGUAAGGAGGUAAAGAAAGAUGACUGUAACUCAUUAUUUAAUAACUUGAAUGAAGAUUGUAUAUUGUCAUAGGUCAAGGCUUUGUGCUUGGAUUUGUAACUGAUGUUCUUGAUGGAAGCCAUUUUUUAGACAUGAAAGUCAACUGAACUAACAUCUAAUGCACCAACACUAAUAUAUCUGUACCCGCACAGUAAUGGAAGAAUAAAGUAAGAUACAAUCAAGGGGAUAUCAUAAACUGUCCAGACUUUGCAGACAUUUCUGUACAAAUUCCAACUGAACUUGAAUCUACCUUUGAGUAAAUGAUAAACAUCGCAUGUUGUAAAGAGUUAAUGGAUCCCUUACUCUCAAUAUUUCCCUUUUUCCAUGAUUAACAAAUGUUAUUAUAUGACCUAGUGUGAUUUUAUUUGCUGCUCCCAGGAAAAUUUAGAAAAAAAUCUAAAUGGACCUCUAUCUAAUCCUGAAACAAUUUCAUUUUUGCUAUUGGCAAUGAGUAUUGUCUCUCUACAAUCUCUCUAUCUAGAUGAAAAUAUGCUAUUUUUACUAUAAUUCUUUAGCAAUUGUUCCAAGUUGAAGAAAUGCUUUCUGACCCCAUUGAAACAUUCUUCAUGAGCUAACACGAGGAAAUCUGAAGAUGCUGGAAAUUCAAACAACACACACAAAAUGCUGGUGGAACACAGCAGG